UCUGAUUUUCGUCAUUCACUUCGCUCUCCACGUGCUCCCGUCGCGUCGGAACAAUGGCCAGAGAUACCGAGAGGAAGAGGAAGCUGGAGCAGCAGCAGGCGGACAAUGCGACGGCGAAGCGGGUCAAGUCGUCCGCGAAGACCGACGUGAAGGCAAAUGGCACCUCGAACGGCAGUCCUCAAGUGGUCGUACCAAGGCAGAACGGUCUUUCGACUCCAUCCCAGCACUUAGACUCGCCAAAGUCAGGCAAGAAAGAGAAUAUCGGUGUUGCAAAUGGAGGCAACGUUGGACAGCCUUCGAUCAAAACCGAAAUACAAGCAACACCGACGUCGAAAAAGGCCAAGAAGACAAGAACUUCUCAGAAUGGCACUGCGGCCGCUGCAUCGCCAUUUACAGCACCACCUACAACUAAAGAUGGGCACGUAGAUGUGUCUAUGGGAAAGAUCGAGGCAGCUACGGUGAAACCUCAAAAGAGCAAGAAGCAGAAACAGCAGAUCAAGGACGUGGUUGUGCAGGAUGUAGAGGCAGGCGCGGAACAGCGAAGCGAAAAUGGCACUGUGCUAUCGAUCAAGGACAAGCGACAGCGCGCCAUUGAGAAAAAGGCGAGACGGAACGCCGAUCGCGAGAUCAAGGCAGGCUUCAGAGAGGAUGAGGAGCUCACAGCACCGAACGAACAUGGUUGGUGGAUGUCUCAACCGAGCGCCGGACGGUACCUGGCUCAUGACCCAAUCUUUGUUGUGGACGAGAACGGCGACGAAUGUUUGAUCGCGGCCACGAUCCGUGAAGUCCAGCUACUGCACCUCGAUAGCUCGCUCAUUUCGCGGACACAUGCAGUGCCCGAUGGCAGGUCUAUCCUUGCGUAUACUUUGAGCGCCGACUACCCGGAUCACAUAGAGAUUGCAUAUGACAACGGUACCAAAGUGCAGUGGAACUGGACGACAGGGUCGAUCAUCAAAGGAAGCUUUCCAGGCAAUGAGACCACCAUUGCCGCAACUACUGCUGCUCGUGGAGAUGGACGCCUAGAGGUAUACUGCAUCGCCCAGACUCAAGGCAUGUACACUAUUGUUGGAGAACGAAAGUCGUUGUACUCAACAUACCGACGUCUGACGAGCAUACACGUUCUUGAAGGUGGCGCCUACAUCAUCUGUCUGGGUACGACUGCAAUGCUGCUGGGAAAGAGGAAAGACGGCACUCAAACUGCCGAAUACAUCUGGAUCGAGAUGCCGACGACUGUGCCUUUCCAGUGUCUUGAUGCGAGACUUGUGACACCAGCUACAGGCAAGGCUAACUCACCUGCCAAAGAUCAGAAGAAGCCUAUCCCUGAUCUCGCACUUGCAGUGGGCAAUGCGGAUGGCCAAAUACACUUCUACUCCAGCCUCCUAUCUCUAUUUGCAAAGCCCUCGCAGGCGAUUCUCCCCACGCCUCGGAUCCUGCACUGGCACCGCGAGGCUGUUUCAACAGUCAAAUUUUCGAGAGAUGGCAACUAUCUCAUCUCAGGUGGCAGGGAGUCCGUGCUUGUGAUCUGGCAGCUGGAGACUGGACACAAGCAAUUCUUGCCCCAUCUCACAGCAGAGAUUGAGCGUGUUGUCGUCUCGCCGAGUGGUACACAAUAUGCUCUGCAGAUGGGCGAUAACUCCAUCAUGGUCUUGAGCACCACUGAGUUGAAGCCCGUCGCCAACUUUGCUGGUCUUCAAUUACCGGUACUGACAGAACAACUCGACCGAGAAGACAUGGCGCUGCCAGCUGCGACGGUCGUACUGCAUCCCAGCGAUCCGAAGCAACUGCUCUUGACAGUGCCAGCAACACAGCCGAAGCACACCCGAGAUGUCACAACUCGACCUUUCCUGCAAAGUUUUGACAUUCAGAAUUCCCGACACAUUAGCCGACGAGCACUUUCGCGCAACAACGUGACCGACUUCAAUCGUGGACCUGAAAACACUCCUAUCAUCCCACCAGAUGUCAAUCUGCUCGCUGUAAGUGCAGAUGGAGAAUGGCUGGCAACAGUUGACGAGUGGUUUCCGCCAGCCACGGACCUGGAGCAUGCGGUCGCACGCACGGCUGGCCUGGACGCCAUCGAUCUUGAGAACAUCCAGGAGGAGCAGCUGAAACGACGAGAAAUCUACCUCAAAUUCUGGAAGUGGGACGAGGGGCAAUCCAUGUGGACACUGAGCACCAGAGCCGAUGCUCCGCACGCCCGAUCCUCUGAUGCCGACCUUGGCUCUGGUGCAGGCCGUGUCUUGCAGCUCAAGUCCGAUCCGGCCUCGAACGGUUUCGCAACUAUUGGAGAGGACGGCGAGGUAAUGAUCUGGAAGCCAAAGACCAAGUUCCGCCACGGCGUUCCUCUGAAAGAGCCGAACGGCAACGAUCUAGUCGAAUGGGCAUGCCGAAGAACGAUCAAGCUUCCAAUUGCAACUGACGGUGAAGAACGUGCCGACUCGCCAAUGGACGGUGACCACGAUAAGUCGUUGGCUGCAAUUGACGCCAGCCUCGCAUUCUCCCCUGAUGGCUCGAUGCUUGCAUGCUCUACGACCACCUUAAGUGAGACUGUGCAGCCCCUGGUACAUUUUGUCAACCCGGACACUGGCACUGUCACCUCUACAAAUGCCGGCAUCAUCCCUGCCGAUGAAGAUGUUUUGGACUUCGGCUUCUUGGAUCGGUACCUCAUCGUACUCAGUCUAGGACACAUUCGUGUAUGGAACCUUGUCGACGACAACGUCCACUACACGAUUACGCUCCCUGGCGCACUUGGAGAGCAAGAGACCGCGAAGCUGGCUGUCAACGAAACCGAUCAAACAUUUGCGGUAGCUUCGAUCAACAUCACGUCUAUGGAGUUGGAUGAGUCCAUUCCCCAGAUCGCAGUUUACACGCCCAAGAAUCCAGACGCUUUGUUCGAAGCCGACCUCGAAUCAACUCCAGUGGCAAUUCUGGCCGGCAAAGACACCAGAGGCUACACGGUCAUUUUCGAAGACGGCACAAUCCGCUCCCUCACCAGCACUCAACAAGCUACCCGCAACCGAAGUUCUUCUUCCGCUGCGCCUGAAGCUCUCGAAAUGGUUGAGGAAGUAAGACCAAGCGAGGAUGCCGAGACUGCAUCGUCUGCUGCACUUGCACUUCUCAGCACAAAUCCUGCAGAACAAGAUCAAGAGAUGUCUGAUAGUCUAGCUCCGCUCCUGUUGACCGAAGCUGGCGAGGAUGAUCGCCCAGUUGUCAGACCUGAGCAGCUGUCUAGUAUAUUUGAUGUAGGCGGUGGGAAAGGUGGCGUUGUAGCUAUGCCACCGGUGAGAGACAUGUUCAGAGACGUCGUGGGACUGUUUGCAAGGAAGCCGAGAGCGAGGGUAACGGAGGAUGUAGAAAUGGCCAUGUAA